AGCAGGCUCAUAGCGGAGGAGCCUGAUGUGGGGCUCGAUCCCAUAACGCCGGGAUCACGCCCUGAGCCGAAGGCAGACGCUUAGCUGCUGUGCCACCCAGGCGCCCCGAAAGAAAAAAAUUUCUUAUAGUGAUAUUUGGAAAAACUUUUCCGUUUGUCUUAUUUAAAGAAGUUAGCUUUCUGUUCUUUAGCUUUUAGUUUUCUUGAUCAACCAAAGCACAUCAGGAUAGAGAUAGAAUAUAUGUAAAAGGAGAGACAUCAAGAGUUCCUAAAGUUUAUCUGACUGACCUACAGAUAGGCUUAUAUUUAGAACAUCUUAGUCGUACAUAGGUUGUAACUUCAAAGUGGAAUCACUAGGUAAGUUUUCACUAAGUUUGAGUGCAGUUGAGUAUCAAACCCAAGAUAAAUGCUAAUUCAAGGAAAGAAACAUUUGGCAUAAAUUACUUUUCAGGUGUCCUCACUCUUUCACCCUAGACCCUAUCUUUUCUUAAUACUUAAGUUUGGUAUUUUUUAUCUUUAAAGAUAGUACUUGUGUGUGUGUGUGUGUACACGUGUUUUUGUGUCUUUUGGUAUCCCUGUGGCAAAGCAGAAUCAUUCAGAAUUUUCAGAAUGAGAAAAUUGUAUUUUUUUCUGAUACAUUUCUCCCCUUACAGAGCUGUAAUUUGAAUGGUAAAUAAAUAUUGAAUGAAGUGGAUUGAGUUACUUUUCAGCAGUCAGAAUGCAAGAGAAGGCUUCUGUGGGGGAAGUGGGAAAAUCUUUAGAGGGAGUCGGAAGUCCAGGGGUCUCAUCCCAUGGUUCAAGUGCCAUCAAGAACUCAAGUGGAGGCAAGGUGUCAGCCUCUCAGAUUGACCUAUUUCCUUCUUUGUAAAAAAAGUAGAACUUACAAUUUAUAACCUCCUUUUCAGUUCUAAAUAUUUGCUUUAAAUAUAUAUAUAAAAUCUUUAAAAUAUGUAUAUAUGUUUAUAGAUAUAAAAAAAAUACAUGAUCCUAAGGCAUAUUUGAAUAGAUAAGUUCAAGCAAAUUUCCUAACCAUUUUUUUCAGGUCCUUUGAGCACAUGAAAACAGAAAGAUGGCUUGAUGUGUCUAUCAGAGUUUUUAGCUUCACCUCCUCCGAUUCUUAGGUGUCAUAUAUUUCACCAACAGGGCUCCUGUAACUUAAUAAAAAGGGGACCAUAUUGAUCUUUGCAUUAGAAAUGCUAGUGGUAGAAUAGUAAUAGUAUAGUAAUAAUAUAAUAAUAAUAGCUAAUAUUUAUUAAUGUUUGCCUGAUACUAUUCUAACUGCUUGACUAAUUUCACUCUUAAAUCUGUACUACAACUCUUAAAAGUGUGAUCAUGCAAAUGAUCUCCAUUUCUCCAGAUAAGGAAACCGGAAUUCAGUGUGAGUAGUGCUCUCCUGCAGUUGUAGACCUCUGUAGGCAACAUGGGCACCUUGGAAAAACAGGCAAAGAGGUGGUGUAAUAAUAACCAAGGUUGCAUAGCUAGUAAGAUGUGGAGCUAAAUUUUCGACCUGGACAGUCUUGCUCCAGAACUCAUGUUCCUAACCAUUAUAUUAUUUUUUAUGAAUACUCUUGGGUUGCUGUCACUCCUGCCUGUACCAUAUGGACUGUACCAAAAGAACCUAUUUCCUGCUUUCUUGAUUUGUUUUGUCAAAAUGACUGUAAAGAACAAAUAGGAACAGAGGUGGUAAACUGGAUUUCAUUUUGUGUAAAAAUCUUCAUAUGGAUUAUAGGUAGAUAAUGUAAAUGGGGUGGGUAUUUAAAAGGCAUUGCUGUGUAUUUAAAAGGCAUCCAUGUUUUUACAUUUAUUAACUGCCAUUCCAACUGCCCAUACAACCUUACACUUGAUGGUUUUUACUCCUUCAAAUGUUUUCUGGUUGCUUCCUAUAACUUCCAGAUUAGGCUUUCCUAAUCACUUUACAAAUGAUUCUUCCAUUUAAAGAUCUUCAGUGUUGCUGAGUGGCUUCUAGACUAAUUUGAGUAAUUUUCACAAUGGCCCAUUUCAAUUCCUCCUAGGCUUCUCAUGUUUCAUUCAGAUUAAUCAUACACCAGACACUUCAAAAGAGAAAGAAGCUAAUCAGUUUGAGCUUUGCAAACAAGAAGAUGGCAGCAACGUUGAUGCUCCCUUUCUUCUAUCUGUGAACUGAGUGCAGAAUGUUCAAAUUUAUCCCAUUCUUUCCUUUGGGAUGGAAAUGAUGUGUAUCUAGGUUGAUCAUAUAAUUUUUAAUUCAACCUGUAUUGAUUUUGAGAGAAAAAGGAAGUAUUAAUUUCAUAAGGAUAACAGCUAUAAACUAUGACUGUCAUGGGCAAACAGGGUAUGUGGCACCCACUGGAGUAAGGCUCAGCGUUGAGGGCUGCCAUUGUUUCUACACCAGAAGUUAGAGAAGGUAGAAGGGAUAUGAUGUCGGCAGUGGCAGCCAUUGGGAGCCACCAAGCCUCGGGUUUCAUAGUGUCCCUUCAUUCUCCAUUACUCUACUCUCUGCCCCUCCUUCCCUCCCCUCCCCCAGAUUCCCCUCAGAAUUGGGGGAUGGAAGAAAAGGAACUUAUCUUUGUUGUUUCCUUUUCUAAUCUUAAAGUGCAGUUAGAGUAGUGAAGCUAAUUGAGCUUUUUCCUGCUAUUGUUAUAAUGCAGAUUAUUUAUUCUUAAAGAUUUUAUUUAUUUAUUUACUUGACAGAUCACAAGUAGCAGAGGGAGAGGCAGAGGGAGAAACAGGCUCGCCAUUGAGCGGAGAGGUCUAUGCGGGGCUCCAUCCCAGGACCCAGGGAUCGUGACUGGAGCCAAAGGCAGAUGCCCAACGGACUGAGCCACCCAGGUGCCCCUGCAAAGCAGAUUUAUUUUUAAGCACAACAAUGAGAAUUAGGAUACUAGAUAAAAGUGAGAGCAGUCUUUCAUAGCUGACUGGGACCUACUACAAUGGGGAGGCUUGCUGUGUUGCCUUCAAAAGUUAAGUCUUCACCUGAUGCUUUAGCAGGCUUUUCAAACAGAUUCCCUUUGGGCCACUUGUUACAAUUCCUUCUGACUGCCAAGAUGGUAUUCCAGAUAGUCUGUGUUCUGCUCAUCCAGGAACUCUCCCAGGAAGUCUAAGAGAUCAGUUUCAUUGUUCUCAGGAGCCAAAAUCUUCAGGUCUUGCAGGACCUUGCUUCACAUGUGCUCAACUACAGAGCAGACUUUAGAGUUCGUAUGCCACUUCUCUGUUAUCUACAUCAGGCCUCAAUCACUGGAAGACAGAUUCUACACCCUCAUGUUUUCUGUCAAAGGGAGGAAAUCAGUGUUCUAAGAAAACUCCCAUAUCUUGGCUAAUACCAGCUUUUUCUUUUUCCUCCCAGGCUCCAUGGUUACAUAAACAAAUAGAAGUUAAACCAAUGCAAGUGUGUAGGAUAAAGUAGCAAAUCGAGGAACAUACUAUGAAUAUUUUCCAUCUGAGGGUAGAAUUUCCUUUAAAACUCAGUACUUAAUGGGAUUGCAGCCUAUGCUACAGUAAUAGUAAUACUAAGGUUUUGAGGAAAAAAGUAAAUGACAAGAUAGAAGUUUGGCUAACGGGGAUGAAGAGGUUUAUUUUUAAUAGAAUUCAUAAGAAAUCAAAAUGGGAAUGUGAUUUGAAUUAUUGAUGGGGACUGGAGAAAUUUAUUUAAAAGUAUUUAGAGGGAAAAAGCCAAAACUCUAGUUAGUGAAGGAAAGUAGUGAGAAAAAUAGUGAAUUAGAAUAGGCUACCCCUAAAUCCUAAUGUCUUAACACAACAGAAGUUUGUUUCUUAUUCAUAGUACAUGUCUAAUGAGGGUUGACAGUUCUCAAAAGAGACACAUAUGGGAUCUGGGCUGAGGAUGAUUCCAUUUCAACACAUGCUUCCAGAACCAUAGGGCAGGGGAAAGGGAACAAUACCAAUCACACAGAGAAACAAGAAAAUAAAAAUAUUUUUGAAUAUGCUAUAAAACUCAUAAAUUUAGCUUGCCAUUCAUUGCUAAUAAUGAGUUUUCAAAGUGAUUUUUAAAUUAGUAGCUAAUUUUUUGUAGUGCGCGUAAAUGGAAUUUAUGGUGGGUUAGCUUCUUUCUGUAUGUGACUAAAUGAAAAGCAUUGCAGAGGUUCUUUUUUGGGAUUUCUCAUAAUUUUCUAAUAUUAUGUGGUUUUUUUUCAGGUGAACAAUUUAGGCAUUUCUAAAGGUAAACAUUACUGUUUUAUGACAGAGUAUUUCAUGUUACUCUCUUUUUCUAUAACUGGGUAAAACCCAACUUUUUUGAUAACUCAUUUGGAAGCAAAAUCUGACCUGAAUUGACAUAAAGCUUUUUGUGGUCUUUAUUUCACUUUAAUAUGAAUAUGAAUAUAUUUUUGCCACAGAAUUCUUAAUGUAUUUGAUUCUGGACAACUUCCCCAGACCUACUCACAAUGUUACAGAAUACACAGUAUAUGCCCAUAUUACCUUUCAAAAAUCUGAAAAAUCUAAAUUAAUUCAAACAUAUCUAAGGUUUCAGAAAAGGACUAUGGAUCUGUAUUUAUAUAGUCUUUUAACAAGCUCAUAGAGGUAUGAUCCAAAUUUAAUCCAAAAGCAUAAUUUUCAGGUUUUCUAAACUUCUCUAAUAUUUUCUCUAAUUCAUUUAUAUCAAAAUACAUUUUAACUUGGAGUAACAUUGGGAAAUAUUUUGAGAUGCUUGAUUUCAUAAAGCCACUAGGUGGCAACUUUGUAGAAAUAAAAGCACAUUAAAAGAAAUAUUUAUUGUAUAAAUACUGAGAUUAAAUAAAGGUAGAUGUUUCAUGAGAAAGAUAAGUCAUUUUGGGCAAUAAAUCAUGGGAAAAUGCAUGAGUUUAUUGUGAAAAGUAAAAUAUAAAAUGAAAUUUAAAAAUUAUGUUUCUACUUUCAGAAUUGAGAGUCUUUUUCCUAUUGGUUAUUUUCAGUUUGCAUUCACAUUUAUUUUGUAUAACCAAACAAUUAUAUAUUUGUGGUAUAUAUAUGUGUGUGCGUUUAUAUAUAUGUGUGUGUGAUUUUGAUAUGUCGUAACCAUUUCCACCUGCAGACACUAUCUCAGAAGCCUACCAAUUAAGUUAGGCUCAUAUUGUAAGACUGAGUUGUAUAAGAUCAUCUCCACAGCCAAGUACAAAUAAAAUAUGAACAUAUAGUGACUAUCAAGUCACAUUUCACACUGUGAAGUACUUAAAGUUCUCUACCACCAGGUUUUCUUCCCUCCAUCUCCUGCCUCUGUGCUUAAACCCAGUUUUUUCAUAAUGUCCCUAACAUUGAGGACAGCAAAUGAUACAUCCAAAGAGGAGACCCAGAAAGGUGAAUGUUUAAAAGCAAUGAAAUCCUCAUUACUAAUAAAAUUUAAGAUACAUUAUGAUUUACCUGGUUUACCCAUGAAGGACUAACCCUAGUAGUAACAUGAAUGCUUUCCCCUCUUUUCUCUGUUCUUUAUGCAUGGUGGAUUCAUAAGUGAUUUAAACUCAUCUGCUUUUAUUUAAAACUAUUAUUAAAGCCUGUUAUAUUUGAGAAUGUAAUGCAUAUUUUAUAUUGUUCUGGUGAGAAAUAAAAUGGGAUAAAGACAUUGGGAAAAAUGGAAUUGGACAUUAGGAAGUUAUUGGAGAGAUGAGAAUGCAGUUUCAGCAGAAUGCUAUAAAGGAAUGAAGGCACUGAACAUUAUGAAGGAAGAAUGGACUUGUACUAUAGACAACAAAAAUUUUAAUUUAAUCACUUAGUUUUACAUGCUUUCUAAAUAUCAAAGGGUAUUAAAUCCAAAAGCAUAAAAUUGUGGUUUAAAAUCCAGGCUCUGGAAUCAGGCUCUCCCACUAAACCUCUCUGAGCCUGUUUCCUCAUUGGUAAAAUGAGGGUAAUCACAGUUCCUCAAUAAAAUCCGUGUCAGGAUUAAAUUAGAAAUACAUGUGAAGUGCUUAGUAACAAACAAUACUUAAUAUUGGCUAUUAUUAUGAAGCCACAUGAUAGUUAUCACUACAUUUGCAAUAGGAACAUAAUUGAUCUUUUCCCCCGAUAACACGUGCUUCUUUAAAAACCUUAAAUAAUUUUGUGAUAGAAAAACUCCAUUAUAAUUCCGUGAUGAACAUAAGUAUUGCUUCUCCUGACUUAAAAGAGGGGAUAGCUCCUGUCUCCCUUGUUUCUUUGGAAGCUAAGAGCCAAGUUCUAAUUUUAAUAAACGUAAGUAGACACUCACUGUGUACAACUGUGUCCUGUCAAGGUCUUCACUCUCACUUUUCAUUUACAUUUUCGCCAAAACCAUUUUUUAUAUCUAUAAACCAAAUUGCUGUCAGCGUUUGGUUCGAAGAGCUCUGCCCUUUGACAAGUGUAAGAGGGAGUUUGGAAAGUAGCGUCCCACUCUGGGAUCUAGGUAACCUGAACGAAACAGCCCUCCCCGCCACCUUCCUCCCGCUCCUCGCGUUGCCUCACUGCUCCUCCCGCCUCAAGCCCCUCCUGGCCCCGCCCCUCCCCUUCCUGGCGUUUCUUCCCAGCGCGAGCACCGCCUCUUCUCGCGGGACCGGAGCCCGGCGGGAGGAGGUGGCGGCCGGGCCGUUGCUAGGUUAUGGCGGGCAACAAAGCAUACGGCGGGCGCGGACGCUGCUUCCUCGGAGCGCUUCCUGAGAAACCUCUGCGACCCGAGUAGCUGCGUUUCUCAGUCAGGAAAAUGUCUGAUCAGGAAGAAGAAUUUGAUGCUCAGAAUGUUGUUAAAGCAUCAGAAGAAAAUGAAGAUGCUUUUGAGAUUAUCAGUAUUCCAGUUCCCUCAGAAGAGUUUUCAGAGUCAGAUCAAACAGAAGAUAAUGAAUCUAAAGUUGAACCAUCCAGUGAGGACUAUACCACACAUGUUAAGGAGGAAAGUUACCAGAGCUUGUCAAACGUGGAACCGGAAGAUGAAGAACAUCUCAUGGAAGAAGCUUUGUUGCCCAAACAAGCUUCAUAUUCUCCAAGAAAUUCUACAGAGCAUGAUCUAACUAAAUAUGAGAAUGCAGUGCAGCCUGCCAAACGGUAUUCCAAUGCUGGAUCACUGGCAUUUCUGGAUAAGAUAAAGGCUAUAAAGGAAUCUCUGAAAGCAUCAGUGAAAGAUCCUUUAGCAACAGUGAAAGUUGUACUUUUUCCUGUGGGCCAGGAAAUUAUAAUGCCUUUUAAAAUAGACACCAUUGUAAAAUACCUCAAGGACCAUUUUUCAUACCUACUAAAGAUCCCAUCUAAUAUAUUGCAGAUAAGAUAUUCAGGAAUGAUUCUUAAAAAUAAUGAUACUCUACUGCAACAUGGAGUUAAGCCACAGGAUAUUAUACAAGUGGAAAUCUUUUCUACAGAUCCAGAUCUAUUUCCAAUCAAAAGAAUACAUGGAUUAAAUGAUGCCUCUCAAAUUAUAACUGUCAGAGUACAAACUGGCAUUACUGAGUACCAGGAGGUAGCUGUUGAGAUUAUAAAAUCUGACUUUCACAAACCAUUUCUUGGUGGAUUCAGACAUAAAAUAACAGGAAUAGAAUAUCACAAUGCUGGAACACAAACUGUGCCUAAGAAGAUUCCCGAAAAAGACAAUGUAUUUUGUAGGGAUACCCAGACAGUUUUUGAGAGAAAAAAGCUACAACAGACUACAAAUACAACAUCCACACAGAUGACUAAAAUUGGUGUGUAUGUAUCAAAUAUGACUGAUAAAUUGGUAACACCAGGAAAAUAUUUUUCAGCAGCAGAAUACCAUGCUCGAAGAUUACAGGCGGUAAUAGUGCUACAGACUUACUAUAGACAAUGGCAUGCUAAAGUGGUGGUAGAGAAUUUAAAAACACAGAAAAUGUUAAGACUGAAGUGGGAAGCAGAGGAAGAACUAAGGAAGAUGCGAGAAAAAGAAGAAUGGGUCAAAUUGGACUAUUACCGGAGGCAUAACCCUAAAACAAAAGAAGAUUUUGAACUUCUUUAUAAUGCACUGGGACUCUGGCAGCAAGAAGAAUUUGCACGCAUUAACCAGUCUUUCACUGGAGCUGAAAGGAAAGCUGCUUUGUGUGAACUUCUGGAAAAAGAGACCCAGAUAAUUGCUUCCAUUGGGAGGCAUAGAUACAUUGCAUAUAUGGCAAACCGGGAAGAAUUGACGCAAGCUUUUUUGGAUAAGUGUUCAGCUCCAAAGGUAUGGAGAACAUUUAGUGGCAAAAUAAUUGAGAUGGAUACACAGUUCACCAUCAGAGCCAGAGAGCUGCAGAGCAUCUAUAAAUGCAUUAUGCUGAAAAACAUCUCUCAAGAUGAAAGGCUGGAUGUACUCCUAACGCUUAAACAUACUGUGAAGGAACAUGAAUGUAAACUGACUCAGGAAAUUCUAGAAUUGAUUGACAGAGAGGUGGACCUUAUGAUGAGAGGAGUCAAACAUCAUAAUCUUGAAGGACUCAGAAAAAGAAUUGCAACACUCUUUUUUCAUUACAUCAAAACACCUCUAUUUAAUCCAGAAGUUGCAAGACAUCUUAAGGUCCCUCAAGACCCAUUGAAGUUUUAUAAGAAGAUUUAUUUUUGCCACGGUUGCCAGCUCUAUUUGCCUUCCACAGAGUUUGCCGUCUCAUCCACCUCACACCGCAUAUACCGGUGUCGUCACUGUAUUAAUCUUGACAAUGAGACUCGACAACGAGAAUCAUUUUUGAAGUACAAAGGUUUACUUCAACGGCUCUACUAUUCAGAAGCGGAUUAUGAAGAUGAUUCCAAAAUUGCUUUCCUGAUGCAGCUCCAAGAUAUUCAGUACCUGGUAGAGAACAUCUGGGCAUCCCAGUCAGUGCUCAGUGCCUGGAAGGAUCUCAAUGAUCUGGUUAUGGUCAGGUGGGAUAAGUCCUUGGAAUGGUCCCCCUGGAACUGCAUUCUUCUUACCAAAGAUGAAGGCGUUGCUCAUCUCAAGCUAACAAGUAUUGAAGAGGGAUAUGAACCCUUGUUUAUUCACAAGAUCAAACACAAACAUAUCCUGGCUAAGAACUAUUUUUCUCAAAUUCCAGUGCUGGCUUCAUUUAUACUUGAUGAUGGUGAAAUAGAUGAGAUCAGAAAGAAAUAUCAUUCAGAAACAGCUCCUAAGAUUAUAGUGUCCCAGAGGCCUGGUCCCUAGAAGAUCCAGGAGUAUUUGAUGAUCAGUAUUUCCGUCCACUGAAAAUAGAGGAAUAGAGGAAAAUAGAAUUUUAUCUUUUUACAGAUUUUAAUUGUUUUUGUUCCUCAUAGUAUCAUAAGUUGUAUGAAGACAAAACAUCCCUAUAGAAAUGCUUUAUUAUUAGAUGUUUAGUGAAAAUCAAAAUACAGUUUUGUUCCUGAAAUUAAUAUUUUAAAAUAAAGAGAACAUUUUUAUUUUUCAUAUUUUCACAUUAAAAUUUUUAAGAAUUUCAAAUGCACUUAUGAAACCAACAAAUCAAUACUAGGGUUAACUUUCAACUCAAAUAAUUUAUUUUAGGUUAAAUGUAAUUGUAGAAUAGUCAGUAUAUCUUAAAAAUCUUUACAGGUAGGAUAAAAGAUGCUAUGUUAAUACAGCAAUUUGAAUCUUCACUUUCUGUUUUCUACUUUUACCUUCGAUCCGUCCUAAAAUCCCAGUAAAACAACUGGAAUUAUUUAUAAACAAACAAACAAAUGCAUUCCAUGCUUGAAAACAAGGUAAACAGUAGAACUAUCUUUUAUCCCAUGGGAGGAAAACUCCCUGUGGGGCAAUGAUGACAUUCUGGAGGAAGGAUGAACUUUGUUAAGUAAACUGUAACAGCUCCAUCCCCAAUAAGCCAAAGGAAUAACUGUGACCACAUGCAUGUCAGAGAACUACGGUGAUGAACAGGGUGUAUCAGUCUUAAUAGGAAAUUGAUGGCACACUCAAAAUAGGAAAAUUCAAGGAGGGUAUAUUUACAAAGGGACUUAUAAAGUGUGUGCAGUAUUUAGGAAAACUAAAGGAAUAGUGCAGGAACUCAGGGCCAAUAUGAGAUAAGCUGUCCUGACCCCUAGUCUUAAAUGAACGUGCAGAGGGAGAGGUCUGAGAAUGCUCAGUGUAAAGAUGAUAACUGAGAGGAUCAGAAACCAACUGUUAUGGGAUAGCCAACCCUAGGUGGUCUCAUGAACUGGAGAAAUAAGUACUCUAAUUUCACGCUUCUCCCUUCCUCCAGUCUUCUGCUUAUGUUUCCAUUGGUAGAACCCAGAAGGAAACCAGGAGAAAUAGAAUUCUGUUGGCAUAAUUCAUGCAGUUUCAGGGCAAAGAGUGGAGUAGGUAAUGGGGAUAGUGGAUCUGGAUGGCUACAUAGAAGAUAUCUUGCUAGAAAGAGAAUUUAAAGUGAAGCUCUAUAACUCAAGUAGCAGUAUUUCACACACACACACACACACACACACACACACACCCCAUAAUUAGAGAGAAAGAGAAUGGGGUGAGGGGAGAAUUUUUCUCCUAAUUCCAAUCAGUAGUUAAUGAGCUGUUCUCUUCACUUUAGUGCUCAGGGAAUUCAAGCUAAAUAUUAUUUGUUCUACAUAAAUAUUUGCCAAUAUUUCAGCAACAUAUUUUCUAGGACAUCUAAAAUUAUUUUUUCAUUUAGCAAAAGCAUGGCACAUGAUGAUUGUUUUUAAGGAAAUAAACAUCAAGGAGGGAAGUGCUAUAAAUGAUGUUAUUUUCAGGUUUCCAUGGACAAUUCAGACAUUACGGGAAAUUUCUAAGUGGUAAAAAUUACAGACGGGAUUAGAUUGGGGACCAUUCUGAUUGAUAAUAAGCAGGUAAUAAUUUAACUCAGACAACAGUAGGUUUACACUGGUGUAAAUGAUCAGAUUUUCACAAGACAGUAUAUGAGAAUGUCCCAUCUUAGAGAAGGAAGGGCUGGGGAGGCAAGCAUCAAGGGAGAAAUAUUCAGAUAGGGGCAAAUAAGGGUCUUUGGGAAUUCCACUAUUUACCCUAGGGAUGAAGCUACUGACUAGAUAGCAUUUGCUCCUAGUAUGAAGAUGUGUGGAAUACAGCCAAGAGGGAGAGAUCAGCUAGAGCGAGUGAAUUCAUACAGGGAAAGGGACAGUACCUACAGGGCUGUCAGAAUAACCACUAAGGGGGAAAAACAGCUCAACAACACACAGACUUUCCCCAAUAUUCUGCUAAACGCUUUUCAAUUCUUCUGGAACUAUAGUUUUCAAUUUAGACAGCUACCAGAAAAUCCAAAGCAGAAGAGACUAGAAGAGGUAUCUGGUUAGAGAGCCGUCAGUGGGGGAAAGUCAGGUUGCCACGCACUAAAAUCCUAACUCUAGCAUACUGGAAAGCAACAGCUCAUUGCAGUUGGUUCUCCUGCCUUCAUAGUAUCUGCAUUCCUCUAGUUUAUGACCUGAUGACGAUACUUCCCUUGGCCCACUAACAAAUGAAACUAUAGAAGGCGUUUCCUUCUUUCUCCUUAAUGAGGACUGUAUUAUACAGAUAGAUGGCUAAAUAAUAAAAUAGGACAAAAUUUUAUAUCUGCAAAUAAAUAAAAACAAGCUGAUGAAGAAUAGUCGCUAGAUAUAGAGAUAGAUAGAUAGAUAGAUAGAUAGAUAGAUAGAGAUAGAGAUAGAGAUUCAAAAAUCAGAAAGGGACCCUUCUGAGGAAUGAGAAUAAAUAUUCAUUUAUCAAAUCUCUUGAUUCAUGUUAAGGAUAUUUGAUAGCACUUUGCAUCCUUUGGGCAAAAAAAUGAUACUGGGAAAAAUCACUAUUACACAAGAUAAACAAUUGCUAAAUUACCAAAAACAACACAUAGAUGGCAAUGAACAGCAGAUUUGAUACUUUAAAGAUGAAUCUAAAAUAGAGAUUUGAUAGAUUAGCUCAAGAUAGUUCUCUAGAAUUUAGAGGAAAAGGACAAAGCAAUUAAGUAGAUAAGCAAAAAUAAUAAGUUUAAUAAUCUUGUUGUAUCUACACUAGAGAUAACAUGAGCCUAGAAUGGAAUAGAAAAGGAGAAACAAUUAGCAAAGAGAGAUUUAAAGCCCAUUUUCCUAAGCUAAAAAGACAUAUAACUUUAGCUGUGUAAAGAAUCUACCAAGUACUGGGAAAAUUAAUAUAGAGACACAGAGACUGAAGCUCAUGGUAUUUCUGAAUUUCAAGAAUAUUGGACAAAUUCUAUAAGCAUUCAAGUUAGAGGGGAAAAGUUAGCCACAAGAAAAUAAAAUCAAUAGCAACAUCAUAGAUUUCUCGUCUCCAACACUGAAUGCCAGCAGGGAGGAACAUUUCUAUUGAAGGAUUUUGAAUUUUGAGGGUAAAAAAAAUUAACCUAAGAAUUUUACUUUGGGGCAAAUAUUUGUGAAGACAGUAGAAAGGCAUUGUUGAGCAGAAAGCAUAUCAUGAAUCUCUGUGUACCCAUUCUGUACUCCAGCCAACCUUAAAACUGGGAGUAAGGGUUGGGCAUGGUAUCAUAAAUGAGAAAUGGCAGUGAGCACUACAACCCCAAGAUCCUUUCUAAAUGAUCAUUUGCCUGAUUAUGAAACAAUGUAAUGAACAAAAGUGAUUCCUCAAAUGAAAAUCUAUACUGAAAAAAAAAUCAAUCUACAAAAAUAAUACCCUGACUAUUCCAAUAAAAUGUCUCCUACAGGAGUGUUCAGAGGGAUGAAAGUGUUCCAGGUCUUUUUAAUGGGAGAAGGGUCAAUAGAUAGCUAGGAAAGUAGAUAUUCAAAUAUUUAGUUUAAAAUUUUAAAGGCAACUGCUAGCAGAAUGAGGGUGGAAUUAUAAAUAUUUCUAGAGAGAAAAAGGGAACAUCAACAUACUUGAGAACUAUUGUGAAAUAAGGGGUUUUGGGUUUGGUUUUCUAAGGUUAGCUGGAAGAAGUACAUAUAAGAAAAACUGGGUUAAAAAUAUCACAGUGCAUAAGUUCAGAUAGAUUAAAGUUCUUUAGUAUAAGUGUUAUCAUAUUGUAUUAAAAGAGUAAACUAAAUGCUGUGUACCAGAUAUAUACCCCUAGUGAAAUGACAUCAUAAAGGUUAAAAGUAAUGAUGUUUAGUAAAAUUGUAAUAGUUGUAUGUAAGUAGACAACAAAAAAUGUUGGCAAUAUUAAUUUUAAGGAUGAAACUAAGAAGAAAAACAGAGCAAAGGGAGUUACUUUAUAUUGAUAAAUUAUUAUUCACAAUAUAAAUGAAUAAUCAAUCUCUGUUAGAUACAAAAGUACAUUUUUAAAAAGUCACUUGAAAAACCAUUCUCCAUAGGCUUCUUGCACUUCUGCAUGUUUUUUGAGCAGAGAUAGUAACUUUUCUUCAGACUUAUUUUGAAGGAUGUUUGUAUAGCAAGCAGUCUUGGAAGAUAGGGAUAGUGUCUACUGUUCACUAUAAAAGAUUCAGAAUUUCUAAGCCCAGGAUUUCUACCCUGCGUAGGAACUCACUGUGUGUGCAUGUGUCAUCCGGACUUUGUAUCUCCCUGGGGGAAUUAGGGCAAAAUGCUGAUAUUCUGGCUGCUGCUAUUUCUGUGAACAAUAAAUUGUGCUUCAUCUCUGACCCUGGAGUCUCAUGUCUUCCCCUGUCAUCUACGAAAUUCUGGCAGGCAAAUUUGUUAGCUUGUAAUUGGGUAGCGUCUCAGACCCUCUGCAGUUCUUGACCCAGAUAACCUUAAAAAUGAAAAAAAAAAAAAAAAGAGAGAAGUGAGUCAAGAGGUAGAAAAUGUUUCUUUUCUCUUUCCAGGAGCACUGGGUGACUGAUUGCAAUUCUCCACUCUCUUGAAAUGAGGCGGGAUUAUGUAACAUGCUUUGCCCAAAGUGUAAUGCAAGUAAAAUUGUCUUGUGUCACAACUGAGCAUUGAAAGAACAAAGAAUUCUAAUUCUAUAGAUAUUCUUCUAAGGAAUAGAGAAAGAGUGAAUACUCCCCAACUCAUGAGGCCAACACAUCCUUGAUAUCAAAAUUUGACAAGGCUAGUACAAAAAAGAAAGUGAUAGGCCAAUUUCACAAUGAAUAUAGAUGCAAAAAUCCUAAACAAAAUAUUAGCAAAUAAAGGUUAAAAACACAUUAAAAGAUAAAAUAACAUGGCUUUUGCUGGAUAUUCUUCAUUUGCUUCUUCAGAUCUCCCUUCCGCCCUUCUCCUCUCUGCUUUGUGCCCUGAGAGGCUGCUCUUUCUGCACUGCAUCAAUGAGUGUGAUGUCCUCCAGUUGCAUUUGGUCAAUGGGAAGCAUCAACAGGACGUUUGAGGUCUGAAAGACAGAGUUUCGGUGUUUAUUCCCUUGGCUUCUCCUAUCUUUUUGAUCUGUUAUUGUCAGUGACUGCAUUUAUGUGCCUAAGACCAUAUCUCUGGUUUUAUAGUCAGCCCUUCUACUCUUUAGCUCUCUCUGAAUUCUGAGAUUCAUUCCUUCGUUUUAUUCCUUUAGAUUGUGGGUGAGUUGCUUUCUUUUGUAGCUAGCUUUCAGGUGCUUUAGUUUUUCAUUUUGAUUUCCUUAAACAGUGCCCUCUCCUUUAUAAACAACCCUUUUCUAAGUACUUCUCAAAUUAACCAGUUUGAGUGUGCCUGCUGGACCCUGUCAAAAACAGUAAUUGGUACUAGGAAUGAUCCCAGCAAACAGACUUUAAAAUGGAAUCUAGGCUUGGGCUGCUCACAUAUUUGAAGAACAUACGGAUAACCUCCUUGCCAGGGGGAAAUAGGACACUGGCGAUAUGCAGCAUGUGGUAGGAUCAUGAUUACUCAAAAUACCACAAGUGGUGGCAUAGAAUGGGGUGCAUGUGGAGGAUAAGCAUAGUGAAAUCAAAUGGCUGAGCCAAUUAGUCACUUUGAUGACAAAGAUUGUGCCAUACGAUGGUAUUUCUUACACCAGAAAGGGUUCAUAAUGAAAGGGAUAAAUUGAAAGCCUUGAAGGUCCAACACAAGGCCCAGAGAGAAAUUUAGAAAGCCUUUAUGACAACUCUACAGAAAAUUACUUAUCUCCUGUGUUUACAUGGCAGAUGUGGCUGAGGAUUAAGUCUAGAGCCCAGUAUAAGGCUUAUAGAGUUGUACUGUCAAUUAAGUGUGUACCCCAGCUAGAUCUCAUGCUAAGGUAAGGAUAGUGGUGAAAAAGAACAAACAAGGUAUGGUCUGGUAUGAGUUAGCCUAUAUACUGAAAGAGUUGUAGGAUUAUGUCAGUUUUUGUCAAGAGUCAGGGGAGCAUGUAUAAGAGUUUAUUCUAAGACUAUUAGACCGAAAAGGACAAAACAAAAGAUUGUAUCAAGCCAAAUUCAUGUACUUGCCUAGAAUUCAGGAUUUAAUGUGUUGGUUUGAGGCCCUGUGAAUUGCUGGAUGUGUAAACUAAAGCCUGGACUCAAAAGUGGCAUAUAUGAAUGAGCUCAAAAUGCAAGAACUGCCCUGGAAAACAUUACUCAGGAGAAGGGUUGUUAUGGAUCUAUUAUGUGUGACUUUCUCAGACACGUCUUAGACGUGUCAGUAGUCCACAAGAGGAUCUUCACCAAGGCACUAAGAAAUACAACCAUGAGUGGAUUACCAGAAUCUUUGAAAAGCUCUGUGGUAGCUGUUCCCUAUAGGCUGGAGAUGACAGUGGGCAUACUAAGCUGAUUUGAUGGGAACAAUGUGAUUCCCAAUGCUAAAAGCCAACUAGUGACGUUUAAUCAUCAGAGAAAAAGAGAACAGAGUUAUAAUAAAAGCCCUAGGAGCCGAGUGAUUUGACCCUGCAGUGAUUUAUAACAAUGAUUAAGAGAUAAUCAGAUCCAUGGGAAUGAAAUGGACAGCUGUAUUCAUUUCCUAGAGCUCCUAUAACAAAUUACAGCAAAUUAGGUGGCUUAAAACACCAAGGAUUUAUUUUCUCACAGUUCUGGAGGCAGAAGGCUGAAAUCAAGGUGUUGGCAGUGCCCCACUCCCUCUGGAUGCUAUGUGAGAGAAUCUUUUCUUGCCUCUCCCAGCUUCUGGUGGUCCCAGGAAUUUCUUGGCUUCUUUGACUGUAUUAUUCCAAUCUCUUCCCUUAUGGUCACACGUGGCCUCCUUCUUUUUAUGUGUCUGUCUUCUUUCUCUUAUGAGGAACUUAUCACUAGAUGAUUCACUAAGUGACUAUAUUACUUAAAAAUGACCAUAAUAAACUGUGUGCUAUCAGAUUCACCCAGUCAUAAAGUCAAAUGUACACAGCACCAUUCCAUUGUAAAGUGGAAAUUGUAUAUCCAAGAAUGCCGUUGCAGGUUUGGAAGUUACAAGUAAACCACAUGAAGGAGAUACUUCAGACUCCCAUAGCAUAUGCUCCUACUGCUUUCCCACCUACCCCUCAGCAAAGAACUAUGACUCAUGGAGAGUCCCCUGUGGUCACUUAAAUAAAAGAAAAGAACUGGUUUACAGAGGAUCUGUACACCAUAGUGUCAAUAGAUGGUCUGGUUUAGGAAAAGGUCCGAACAUACGCUUCCACUGUAUUACAGCUCCACUUUGGAAGGCCAUGGAAGACAUGGAUAAACAAGUCUCUACAAGGGAAGAAUUUCAAGUGGUGCCAUCUUGUUAUCCACUUUUUGUGCAGUGGGACAUAGCUGGUGGUAUAGAUCCACAGAGAUCCAUGGGCAGUGCCUAAAAGGUUAAUCAACUGGAAAGAGACUUAGAAUAACAUUUAAACAUUGGUGAUAAGGAGUUUGGGGGAGAUGUGUGUGGGUAAGUCUUUUCUGUGUAAGAGCCCUCCAGAUGGCAUCCACUGCAGAGCAUGCUGUCAGUAAUCAAGUGUUCAAGGUUAUCCUCCUGUGUAUCUCAGUCAGCUUAUUUUACUAGAUUUCUGGUGUUUGCUCAAUGGGUUCAUUUACAAACCAACCUUGAUGGUAUGGAUGGAACUCAUAUAUGGGUUUAGCAACAGGGAUUUUGCUUCACCAAGGCUCAUUUAGCUACUCUCACAGCUGGGUGUCUAAUUUACCAACAGCAGAGGACAAUAGUAAGCUACAAACUGAUAUAUUCCCCAGGGAAAGCAGCUGAUGAUCUGAUGGAUAGUUGAAUAUGUUGGAUUUUUUUUUUUUUUUAUCAGGGAGAGGGCAUUCUCACGAAUAUGGAUGUUUAGUAUGCAUACGGAUUUGUCUUCCUUGCUUACAGUAUUUCUGUCUUGGACCUAGAGGAAGCGUUACUUAUCCCUAUGAUGUCCUGUAUUACAUUACCUUCAACCAAGGACUCAUUUCACAGAGUAGGAAGUGAGACAAUGGGUUCAUGUUCACAGAGUUCACUGGUCUUACAUGUCUUUACUACCUAGAAAUAUCUGGCUUGAUAAAAUUCUAGAGUGGCCUACUGAAAGGUCAGUUAUGGCAUCAUCUGAGUGAUAGUACCCUGGAGUAUUGGAGUCCUAUCUUACAGGAUGCAGUAUAUGGCUUAAAUCAUUGGUCAGUAUGUGCUGUCUCCUUCACAGCCAGA